AUGGGCGUCCGCUAUUGUAUCGCUUCAAUGUUUAGUGUAGACACGGAAUGUCCCAACCGGGAUCUUCGCGAGUUAGCUGCCGGAGAUACCACGGAUAAUGUAAUCUAUGAUUUCUACAUUGUCCGCGAGCUAAACCCCCGCGUCACUUUGCCAUUUUUUUGGGAAAUCGACAUCAAGACCUGGUGCGAAGUCUGUCCCAGUCUGACUGGGUGGAUCCUGCUGGAUCUGGCCUUCAUCGCCCAGCAAUACCGCAACUACAGCUACAUCUCCGACAGCAUUGUCUUCACGACGGCCCAUCCCGACCAGGAUGGACAUUACCACGACGGAUUGGGCUUCAUGCUCUCCUUCGGCGAUCUCGCCUGGGUUCCGUUCCUGUACUCCACCCAGUGCCGCUACCCCGCCGCCUACCCCGUGCAUCUGGGCUGGACGCGGAUUGCGGCAGUGAGUGCCAUCUUUAUUCUCGGCAUCUAUAUCUUCAAGGCCGCCAAUAACCAGAAGCACACGUUCCGGACCCAGCCUAACCACCCUGCGGUGGCUAAAUUUUCCUAG